AUGGCUAACAUGAACGCCAUAUCAAGAAAGGGAAAGUGGACGAGCGAGGAGGAAGCUCUGACGGCAAGAAUAAUCCACUACUUCAGCCUCGGCGUGCUGCAGCUGCCGGACGGCACGACCCUGCGCGCCUACCUCGCGCAGAAGCUGGACUGCGACCCGAUGCGGAUAACCAAAAAAUUUACCGGGACCAACUGCCUUGGGAAGCGAGUGUACCACUCCUGCGAGAGAACUACCGCAACAUACGAAGUCGCCAAGCAGGCAGUGGAGGAGCUAGCAGAGCUGGAAGCGAGGUUCCAGGCUAGGCUAGAACGGAACAAGGAGAAGCGCACGGGAAUCUUGGGGAUAGAGGCGCGGCUUCUCGGAAACCGUCACCCCAGCAUCGACGCCGCGGCCAUCGGCGGUGACGGUGCCGGCGGCGCGUCUUCGGGGGUGGGGGGCUCCGCCAUGCACGCCUUCGGGCAGGGGGAGAUGGUGGCCCAAGGCGCGGCGGGGGGGACGUCAUCACAGCAGCAGCAGCUGCAGAACGAAGCGACAGCGGCGGCAGUAGCGGCGGCGGCGGCGUGGAACAUCCCGCUCUCGCCUGGCUACGCCACGGCGGCGAUGCAGCAGCAGCAGCAGCAGCAGCAGCAAAUGCAGAUGCACCACCACCGCUCGCAACAUCACAGCCAGCAGUCGCGCGCGGCUGCAGCGGCCGCCGCGGCUGCGUAUCACCUCCCGCAACCGCCGAGCGUGCCGGCGGGCAGGGCCGGACACCACCACCACCCCGGGCACCUCACGGCGGCGGCGCUGCAGUCGCACCAGCUCCAGCAGGCAGCCGCGUACUCGAGGUCCCAGCAGCAGAUGCAGCAGCAGAGCCAGGCGGCGGCGGUGGCAGCGGCGGCGGCGGCCGCGCAGGCGCGGUUCUCCCAGUUCGCCUCCGCCAACACGGCGCAGGCGGGGAAAACACUUGCCUCGACCAACCCCAACAACUCGGCUUCGCUUCCUGCCGCAGACGCGGCAGCGGCGGCAGCAACGUCCGCGCCGGCGGCUGCAGCUUCCGCGCCGGGGGCAGCAGGAGCGCCGGCGCCUGCCGCGGCGUCAUCACCGAUCGAGGGAGGAGAAGGAGGAUCAAAGAGGUCGCCAGAGAUGAACGGCGGCGGCACUACCUCGCGGAACUCCGGGGGAAACACCACCAAGGACAACAAGAAGCAUCCGGCGGCGGCGGCGGCGGCAGCGGCGGACGCUUCCGAGCGAUCCCUAGGGAGCGACAAGAACUCCUCGGCAAAUCCGCCCCCGCCGCCGCCGCUCCCGCCGCCAGGCCUGGGCAUCGCGCGCGCCGCCUCCGUUUCGGCGGGACUCCGGCCGGGCCCCGGCGCGGGGCCAGAGGGCGGCAUUGGAAGCGCCGGCGCAGCCCGCGCUCAGGCUUCGUACCUAUGCACACCCUCCGGGCGGACGCACAACCCGUACUGGUCGUACCACCCUCACCACGCGGCGGCGGCGGCGGUGGCGGCGGCGGCGGCGGCGAUGGAGCAGCAGCCGGGGAGGGGAGGAGGCGGCCCCACCGGCGCCGGCACCCGCGGCGCGGGCGCCGGCGGGUACAUGGAUUUCGGGGCCGCCGCGGCACACGGGUAUCACCCGUCCCACGCGCAGGGCGUGGCCGGGUUCCCCCACCUUGGGAUGUCGCACCCCAUGCAGCAGCAGUGGCUGCACCAACACUACGCCGUGGGCACCGGCGGUGGCGCCGGGGCGGUAGCGGGCCGGAGAAGCGCCGCGGCGGCGGCGGCGGCGGCCGGGGUAGGGCUUCCCCCGUGGCAGCAGCUGCACCGGCACCAGCAGAUGCAGAUGCAGCUGGCGCGGCACGCGGCGGGGCAGUCGGGCGUGGCGGUGAUGCCGGCGACGGCGGCAGCCAGCGGCGGCAGUGCUUCCAACACCAACAACGCCCCCCGCUCUCAGGCGCAGCUUCAGCAGCUUCAGAUGCCGGCCGGGUCAGGCACCGUGAGCAGCAGCAACGGCAGCAGCGUCGGUGGCCAAGCAAAGAUGAGGGCGGGGUUCCCGGGCUCCUCCUCCCCCUCCUCCGCGGCUUUCGCCUCCACCUUGCCCCGCAGCAAAGGCACCAAACCCAACCAACAGCAGCCCCGGAAGGCUGUUCGGUCGGCGUCCUCUUCCCCCUCGUCGUCGUUGCGGCCGUUCCACGGCGGCGGCGGGGAGGGCACCGGCGGCAGCGGCAGCGGCAGCGGCAGCGGCAGCGGCAGCGGCAGCGGCAGCGGCAAGAUGAGCUUCGCCCGCGUGGUGGCGGCGGCGGCGCUUCCCUCUACGUCGGUGCGCGCCGGCGGCAACGAGAGCGGCAACGGAGGCACCGGCGGCGCUUCGUCGGCGGACGCGGCCGCCGUCGGCAGCGCCGAGGGCGACACGGUACCGUCCACGAUGGCCUCCCCCAGCGAGCUCCAGCAGAUGUACAAGAAGGCCGAGGGCGUGGGCGUUAGCGGCAGCUAUAACGUUCGAGGCAAGAACGGCCGCCGCAGCCGCAGCAACAGCCACAACCACCACCACCGCCACGGCCACGGCGGCAACGGCAACGGCAGCGGCAACGGCAACGGCAACGGCAACGGCCGAAACGGCAGCAGCGCCCGCGACAUGGCAAGCAGCGCCGGGAGUAGCAUGGGGAACACAACCGCCGACGGCACGUCUUCCGUUGCCUCCAUGUCCGGCGUUAGCUCGCGGACCGGGUCCGGUGUGGGCUCUUCCGGUGCCGGGUCCGGCUCCGGGGGAUCCGGCUCCGACGAGCGGGUUAGCCGCACCGACAGCACCAGCAGCAGCGUCCUCAGCGGGAGGAGCUCCAAGGGCGGCGGCAAGGGCGCGAAUGGGGGCCGCGGCGGCGGAGGCGGAGGUGGAAGCGGGGUUGGUGGCUCUUCGGGGUCGACGUCCGGGAGCGAGAGCGGCGGCGAGAUCGAGAAGAUGGGUUCGCCGCAGCAGGCGUGUGCCGGCGAGUUCAUCAAGAUCGCCGGCGAUUCAGCUUCGGGUUCGCCACGGGUAGACAUCGACGGCGCCGGCGGCUUACUCAUGGGCUUCGUGGAGACGCUGACGAAGCAGCAUCGCCUCGACCAGCAGGCGCAGCAAGCGCUUCUUCGCAGCGGCGGCGGCGGCGACGGCGACGGCGGCGGCGACGGCAAGACGUCGGAGGCCGCGGGGGCGGCGGCGGCGCAGCGGGCACUGCCAAAGCUCCCGCGGGUGUCGUCACGGCAAACGGGGGAGGGUGCAGAGGGUGCAGAGGGCGUCAAGCCCGACCGCAGCAGCAGCGGCACGCCGCGGCCUUCAGAGCAACCGCAGCAACAGCAGCAGCAGAAGGGAAGCCCUGGCGGCUCGCGCGCGCACCCGCGCCACCGGCACAAGCACGCCGCACGGAUGGAAAUCACGGCGCGGCGCUCUGCCGCCGCCGCCGUUGUCACCGCCGGCGCUAGCCCGACACGGGCGGCGGCCAACCCCAACGAGGCGGCGGCGGCGGCGGCGGCCAGCGGUGAUAGUAACGGCAAGAGCUCGCCCUCCACGACUUCCGCAGCAGCAGCAGCCGGCUGCAAAGCCAAGCGCGUCGUCGGGGACGUGACCGCCUUGCAACGGCCGCAGGAAAGCGGCGGCGGCUGCGGGCCGUCGCCGGUGACAACCAGCAGCGGCCGCGGCGGCGGCGGCGGCGUCUACAAGCGUAGGCGCGGGGAUUGCACCGGUAACGGUAACGGCUUGGGCGAAACCAGCAGCGGGGGCAGCGGCAACGGUAGCGUCGGCGGCGGCGGCGGCGCCCUCGUCAGCCGCCGCGCCCGCGAUGCCGUACCCCCCCCGCCCCGCCCUACUCCCUCCCCGUAUGUCGAUCACGCGGAGGGCCGGGUGAGUGGUCUCAAGCGGCGGAGAGACCAGAUGGCCGGCGGCGGCGGUCAGAGGGAGGACGGCAACGUCGGCGAGGGCGGCGGCGAAGGCCGGUCUCCCCGCAGGCCGCGGAGAGAAGGCGGAGCGGCGGAAGUCGACGACGGCGACAUGGACGAGAGCAACAGCGAGUCCGAGAUCGGCGAGGGCAACUCCGACGAAGGAGGUUACGAGGAGGACGGCAGCGGGUGGGGGAGCUUCGGGAAGGACCCGGGCUCCACCGAGGAGAGCAACGAGGCCAGCGAGGGCGACUACGGCGGCGGGGACGAGCGCUCAAGCUCUUUUGAGGAACGGUACUCGAACACCAGCGGGGAGUACGGGGGCGUUUCCCCUAUCCUCGAGAGCAAGUCCAGCGCGAGGACGCAGCAGCGGCAGCAGCGGCAGCAGCGGCAGACGAAGCCCGGCGAAGCGGCGGUAUCUGAGAGCGCUGUCCAGCAAAGGGAGGCGAUGGCGGCGUCGGCAUGACCUAUACGGACCGACCGCUUUUGUUUUCCUUGUUUGUUUUUGCAAUGCACGCCGCGCCUCGCCCGUGCCCUUCUUUUUCGCUUUUUUUCUACAAAGGGGUGUCGGUUGCUGUGGAGUGUAUGUAAGCCGAAAAAAUGCCCAGCUUGCAAGUUUGUUGAGAUUGAUCGCUCAAAAGCGCCGGCGGACGGCCGAAUGCGGUUAGAGGACGUCGUCUUGGACUUGUAGGGCCGGGUGGGAAAGAGUGGGGCGGGGGGGGGGGGGGGGGGGGGAGACCCACACACAGUUGCGGAACAAUACACACGUGGCGUAGGGGGUUGGUCGAACUGUAUCGCUAAGUUGGAGCGCAAAAUCGGUAUUUGCGAUUGAUUGUUGUUGGCCGGUGUUCUCUGUUGUAAGUGGUGGCGGAUUUGGUUGAUUUAUUUCCGUUGUUUUUUACCGGUUCUACUACCCUCUCUCUAUCUCUCUCUCCUCGUGUCUCUGUAUAUCCCUUUGUGCAUAGUAAUAAGUCGGUCGGNGGGGGGGGGGGGGGGGGGGGGGGGGGGGGGGGGGGGGGGGGGUGGAGACCCACACACAGUUGCGGAACAAUACACACGUGGCGUAGGGGGUUGGUCGAACUGUAUCGCUAAGUUGGAGCGCAAAAUCGGUAUUUGCGAUUGAUUGUUGUUGGCCGGUGUUCUCUGUUGUAAGUGGUGGCGGAUUUGGUUGAUUUAUUUCCGUUGUUUUUUACCGGUUCUACUACCCUCUCUCUAUCUCUCUCUCCUCGUGUCUCUGUAUAUCCCUUUGUGCAUAGUAAUAAGUCGGUCGGCCUCUCUUGGCAUCUAUUGUGUGGUAAUAAUGUACGCCCAGGAGGGCAGGUCCUAAACAUUCGGAAGGUUACUACCCGCCCUUCGUUCGCUUCUGUAGACACGACGCUCGGCGUUCUUUACUCAUCAUGACGGGGGACAAAACACAGGUGGCUGGGGGGAGGCAGGAGCACGUUGGAACCUAAGAUUUGGUGAGAGACACACAAAACAGAGAGGUGAGCGAGAGAGGCCACAAUCGGUCGUGCGGCAGAAGCGCCGAUAUAUGACGUUGCUUGUGAGAUGAUGCGUUUGGUGUAAGGGCGGGACGAUCAUAGGGCGUUGAGCCUGGAGAACCGACCGGCGAGUGAGUGGUGGUGGUCGUUGUCUCUGCUGCCUGCUUUUUUUGCAUCUUUUUUUUUUGGGUACAAGUAUGACGACGACGAUCGAUGGUUGUGGAAAGUGUGGUGAUGGUUGGUUGUUCUUCGUCGAGUACUUUUAUACAUACGCAUACAUACACGCGUUGAUGAAAGCAUGUGUUCAUUAUUCCUUUCCAAUACGAUAUCAACUGCCUACAAUAGAGAGACUAGAGGGUCCGUUCGAAAUUCCAGCAAUCACCUCGCAAAAUAUUGUUUGCCAGGUGUUUUGCCGCAUGAGGGGGGGGUGGGGGGGGUAAAGUUGUCCGGGUUUAGCAUGUGGACCUGUGCCGGUGGUUGAAAUCUUGUGCUCUCCUGUUGUUGGAGUGUUGUUCGCGCAAGCGUGUGCAGGGGGGGCUCGGCUGACUUUAGUUACGGCCUACCUACCUGGUGUUUUUCCUCCUUAGAAUAUGAAGCGUGUUUUUGACAAUGACACUGAGCGGGGUUUGCGCUGCGCGCGUUCUUUAUUUACUCAAUCGCCGUUCACUACUACAGUACUGUUCUGUUUUUUUUUUUUUGUGUGUGUUGUGUUUUUUUUUAAUUAAGCCAGUCGCGCCGGCGGAGGUGGUGAAAUCAUCAGUUAGUUGGCGACUCGCCGCCGCCAUCGU